CUCGCCCACAACCACAACACCAUACCCAAGCGAGGUAGAGACCUGAAACCGACCGAGAGGGCUGAAAACUCGGUGCAAAUAAGCUUGGUUCGUCUUAUUAAGACCAGCUGUUCUUGACCUAUCCUUGUGUCCUGAAGUAAACCCACCUUCGAUACUGCACAAGACCCGUUGCUGCUGGAGAAGCAGACAAUUGUCCGUGCACAUUAGCUCAGGAGAUAUAAUAUAAACAUUCUGUCCCGUGGUUCUGUCUCAAUGGCGAAGAAAGAACAAACACAAGAAGCAGCACCUCGCCGGUCCGGUCGUGCGACGAAGGGACAGUCUCAACGUGUCAUUGACUACGAGGAUGUCACGCAUACAUCAUCACCACAACCUGCUUCAGCCAAGACCGGUCGCAAGUCGGCACCUCGAAACCCUUCCGCGACUGCCGAUGAAGAGGAUGAACAAACUGAAGAAGAGGCCGGGGACGAAGUGAUAAGAUGUCCUUGUGGUGACGACGAUGAUUCUGGCUUCAUGGUUGCAUGCGACACUUGCGGUGUCUGGCAGCACGCCGAGUGUGUCGGCAUUCCGAGCGAAAACGAUGCCCCUGAUAACUACUUUUGCGAGAGAUGUCGUCCAGAUUUGCAUGAAGCCCUGCUGAAAGAACUUGAGGAGGAGAAGAAGCUGCCUAAGCGGAAGGCCGCGUCGAAGAAGGCAAAGGGCAAGGGGAAGAAGGGUGCCAAGGUUGCGAAAGACGAGAAGCCGCAGGUGGAGAAGGACGAACCGGAAUACAAGGUUGAUUCUGAAGCUGAACAAGAAGAAGACGAGCCUCUAUCUUCACCUAUCCGUCGCAAGAGUCUCAUGCAGCAGCGUAAGCGUAAAACUCCAGAACACGACGACAUUGAUGAUUCCGACUUCGAUGCCGAGGAUGAUACUGAACGCAAAACACGAAAGACUCGCCGCGUCAGUCACUCAGCUCAAGACCCUGGAAAGAGCACCACGAAACGCCCAACACCUCUUCGUAAGAACACAGUUACGGAACCAGAGCCCGAUACUCUCACAGCCCGUGAUGCUAUUCGUGUGGCUGUGCUUAAGCAAUUCACUCUCGUAUUCGAAAAAAUUGUUGAAACCAUGGCUGCCUCUGGCUCGUACAUUCUCCCCGAGAACAUCACCGCUACCCAAAAGGUCGAGGAACUUGCCGAAGGUGUCGAAGGUUCCAUGUUCAACCACUUCCACACCGACGAGGGAAAGAAGAAGAUUGUCACGCCGCAGUACCGUGAGAAGGCUAGGAACCUGCUUUCGCACUUGAAAGAUGAAGCGAAUCCGUCUUUGCGUCAGCGUAUCCUUGAUGAAGAGAUCACACCCGAAGCGUUGGUCACUAUGAAGAACGAGGAGUUGCAGAGACCGGAAUUGCGGGCGCUUGCAGAGGCCGUCAAAGCGGAAAGUAUGAAGCAGGCUGUGCUGGUGGAGGAGAAAGGGCCAAGAGUCAGGAGGACCCACAAGGGUGAAGAAAUUAUUGGCGACGUCGAUAUGGGCUUCACCAACACUGAACCCAGUGCACCUGGCAUCACCAGAAGAGGAACGGAUGAGGAGAUGCAGACAAAUUCCGAGAGCCCAAGAAUCACGAAGAAGGAAAACCCGGAACAGAGCCCUGAUGUUGACAUGGGUGAAAGCGGUGUAGCGUAUGAGGAUGAAGGUCCGGUGAGCCCAUCGCAGUUCAGCUCGUCGGAGACGACCCCAGCAAAGCUUGUGAAGACCUCUUCUUUCACCGCUCCAUCCGAGUCGCCGAUUGAGAAGAAGACCAACUUCGACAUCAGCAGCGUCUGGAACAACGUUGCCACUAUGUCACCCCCAGUCCACGAUGAUCGCGAUGUACCAUCUCGCAAGGGCUCCAACGCGAAAGCAUCCGCUGACGUCGACUUCGAUCCUGACAUCGAUGCCUUGCUCGGAGGUGACACAAAGCAAGAGGAGGAGGACGAUGAUAUUCCAUACUCGCCUCCCGCCGAUUUUGCGGCUCUGGAGGAGAUGACGAAGCCAAAGCCCGUAUGGAAGGGACCCGUUACUUUACCCCGAGUCGCACAGUUUAGUUGCUCUGCCUACAAAGUUGGUGGACCGGAAUUCAAACACAUUCCUGGAUUGAACUCAUGGAAUGAUUGUUUCGAGGCCACUGUCGUGAUUGAGGGACGUAUUGGCAUCGAACAAAGUACCAAAUACCUCUGUGCACAGAAACACUCGGCGAGCAAAGAGGUCGUGGUGUUCAAGUUCAUUGCGGAUGAUGAUGAAAAUGCAAAGACGGAGUUCAAAAAGCUGUACGAACACUUCCAGUCUCGCGAAAGACACGGCGUCAUCCGCUCCUCCUUGCUGCCGGCCGUGAAGGAUGCUUACAUCGUUACUCUUUCACCUGAUGCUACGAUUCCGGAGUUUAUCGAGUUACUGGGGGAUCAUAAUGUUCCCUUGGUACGUGACGAGAACAUGCUUCUUGCGGUGUUGGUUGUCAACAAGGGUGCGAAGAGGAACAGUGUCGCCGCACCAAGUGUUACGCCGGCUUCGAACCCGCCGUAUCAAUCACCAGCAGAUCCUCGCUUGGCGAACCAAUCACCAUCUGACCCGCGCCUUGCUGGUCAGAUGUAUAUGUCGCCAGUUGAAUAUACCCCUCAGCAGCAAAGCUUGUAUUCACCGCCUACACACCAGCAGUACAUCCCACCUCCGAAGCCAGCACCAGUACCGGCACCGGCACCAGCACCAGCACCAGCUGCUGCUCCUGCUGCUUCCGCACUGGGAUUUUCACCGAAUGAUUUGGCACUGUUACAGGCCAUCAUCGUAGCAAACCCAGAAGUCGCCGCCAACCCCGCAAUGUUGCAAGACCCGGUGAUCUUGUCGGCGUUGAUCCAGAGACAUCAGGCUACCUUGGCGGAACAGCAGAGAGCUCAGCAGGAGCAACAGGGUGGGAGUAGAUGGGAUCGCCCGCCUCCGUUUUAGGGUCAUUGUGAUGUGGAAGUUUGCAUGACUGGGAUUCGCACGGGCGUUUGGUACCGGUGUACGGACAUAUCGUUUUUGGAGUGAACUUGUCAGGAAUAUCAGUUAAUGUAAUAAUUCGAGCGCAGCCGUAGCCGUAGCCGUCGCCUUUGUCUUUCGUCAACACACUAGCUAGUCCUUGGGUAUAUCCUUAAUCUUGUCUUAUCUUACCACUCCACUCCCCUACUCCUUCUUCCUCUUCAACUUCCCAAAUAUCCUCUUCAGCACCGACACCCUCGGCUUCUUCACCCCCGCCCCU